AAGAGGGAAAAGCCCAAAUCCCUGCGGACCACGGCCCCCAGCCACGCCAAGUUCCGCUCCACGGGGCUGGAACUGGAGACGCCGUCGCUGGCACCGGUGAAGAAACUCAACUCGGGGGUGUCCGACAAGUACAACCUGAAACCCGUCCCCGUCAAGAGGCAGAAUGCCCCCUCAGGCCCCGGGGAGGCCCCUCUGGCAGAGAAGAAAUACAAACCCCUGAACACGGCGCCCAACGCGGCCAAGGAGAUCAAAGUGAAGAUCAUCCCCCCCCAGCCCAUGGAAGGUCUCGGGUUCCUGGACGCCCUGAACUCGGCGCCCGUCCCGGGGAUCAAGAUCAAGAAGAAGAAGAAGGUUCUGUCCCCAACAGCAGCCAAGCCCAGCCCCUUCGAGGGGAAACCACCCCCCGAGCCCAGCACAGCCAAACCCUCGUCCCCGGAGCCGGCGGCGGCCGAGCCCAUGGACACGGAGCGGCCCGGAACGCCCGUGCCGGCCGUCGAGGUGCCCGAGCCGAUGGACACAGGCUCGUCAGAGACAGGAAGUGACCUCAAGGGCCCCGAUGCCCCCUCAGAGGGGGGUCCAGCCCCGCGCCGGCCCCGCAAGAAGAAGACGGUGUCAUGGCCGGACGAGGCCCGGCUGAGGGAGUACUUCUACUUCGAGCUGGACGAGACCGAGCGCGUGAACGUGAACAAGAUCAAGGACUUCGGGGAGGCGGCCAAGCGGGAGAUGCUGAAGGACCGGCACGCCUUCGAGACGGCGCGGCGCCUCAGCCACGACUCCAUGGAGGAGAAGGUGCCCUGGGCCUACCCCAAGGCCCUGGA